GAAGCCAACCACAGUGGGUUUGUGUGUCUCUGUCCAUAUGCUCAGAGCAGUGUGGACUGACGGCCUGUGUGCUGUCUCAGUGUAGUCACUUCCAGAGAUCCUUUAAGUGGGGAGACUUUACUGGAUUACAGUGAGUUAGACUUGGAUAGAUUGAUAAGUGUUACUGUAGAAUAGAGAAGCAGUUCUGUGUGACAGAUAGUUUGCGACUGACUGUGAGGCUGUGUAUUUAUGUGCAGACAGAGGAGUUGGCUCGACUACAGCUACAGUUCAGUGACCACGCUUCACUGACUCAACCCGUGGAUGUCACAAUGCUAUGUCCAUGCUGAGGAGGUCUUUCUGUUCCGAGCUGUUCUGCUGGAUGAGGCUGGAGCUGGAUGUGUUUCUCUCCUUUCCUGGACUGUGAUUGUGGUGAUCUCACUGCUGGAGACAUAGGAAGCUCUGUCUUCAGCUCUUCUCACAUUCUCGGUCAUCUGGUCUCUAGUAGCGCUGGCUGCCUGCCUGUAGAAAGCAGAGAGCAGAACAGAGAGCAGAGCAGGACUCACUCUGUUCUGUGGAGCUUGUUUCGCUGCCUGGACUGGACUUUAUAACGAGGAUGUUUACCCAUAUAAGAGGAUAUAUUGCUGUUGUGUAAAAAGGGAGCCGUUGUGAGAGACGGUAACUUUCCCUAGAAAGUGCCCAGACCCCGCCACUGCCAAGCCAUGGCCCCUCGCAAGCGUCCAGGGCGGGGCUUUUCUGAUAUAUUCUGCUGUUUUAAAGGGAGCGAUCACCCGGAGAUCACCUACCGCCUCCGUCAUGACAGUAACUUCACCCUACAGACCAUGGCGCCUUCCCUGCCCAUGCCGCCUGAGGAGGAGCUGGAUGCCAUGUUCUCUGAGCUUGUGGAGGAGCUGGACCUGUCAGGGAAACACAGGGAAGUCAUGUUCGCCCUGCCAGCUGAAAAGAAAUGGCAGAUGUACUGCAGCAAGAAGAAGGAGGGAGAAGAGAGCAAGGGUGCGACUAGCUGGCCAGAGUUCUAUAUCGACCAGUUGAAUUCCAUGGCUGCUAGGAAGACUCUUAUUGCGCUGGAAAAGGAGGAUGAGGAAGAGAGGAACAAGACCAUAGAGAGCUUGAAGACCGCUCUUAGGACUCAACCAAUGAGGUUUGUGACGCGGUUCAUCGACCUGGACGGCCUAACCUGCAUCCUGAAUUUCCUGAAGAGCAUGGACUACGACACCACCGAGUCCCAGAUCCACACGUCGCUGAUCGGCUGCAUCAAGGCCCUGAUGAACAACUCCCAGGGCCGCUCCCACGUGCUCUCCCACACAGAGAGCAUCAACAUCAUCGCCCAGAGCCUGGCCACUGAGAACGUCAAGACCAAGGUGGCGGUGCUGGAGAUCAUGGGUGCUGUCUGUCUGGUGCCAGGAGGCCACAGGAAGAUCCUGGAGGCCAUGCUGCAUUACCAGAAGUUUGCCUGCGAGAGGACUCGCUUCCAGACUCUGCUAAAUGACCUGGAUAGGAGUACGGGGCGCUACAGGGACGAGGUCAACCUGAAAACAGCCAUCAUGUCCUUCAUCAAUGCAGUGCUCAGUCAGGGAGCAGGGGAGUCAAGCUUUGAGUUCAGAAUUCACCUGAGGUACGAGUUCCUUAUGUUGGGCAUCCAGCCAGUCAUCGAUAAACUGAGGUCCCACGACAACUCAACGUUAGACAGGCAUUUAGACUUCUUUGAGAUGCUGAGAAACGAGGAUGAACUGUCGUUGGCAAAACGCUUUGACACCGUGCACAUUGACACAAAAAGUGCCACGCAAGUGUUUGAACUCAUAAAGAAGAAGAUGAGCCACACAGAUGCACACCCGCACUUUAUAUCUGUCUUACAGCACUGUCUCCUUAUGCCUUACAAGCGUAGUGGGAACACGGUGCAGUACUGGCUCCUCCUGGACCGCAUCGUCCAGCAGAUCGUCCUUCAGAACGACAAAGGUCACGACCCUGACGUCACCCCUCUGGAGAACUUCAACGUGAAGAACGUGGUGCGAAUGCUGGUCAACGAGAAUGAAGUCAAACAGUGGAAAGAACAGGCGGAGAAAAUGAGAAAAGACCACCACGAGCUGCAGCAGAAGUUCGACAAGAAGGAACGCGAGUGUGACGCCAAGACCCAGGAGAAGGAGGACAUGAUGCAGACGCUGAAUAAGAUGAAGGAGAAGCUGGAGAAAGAGUCCAGCGAGCACAAACAGGUCAAGCAGCAAGUGGCCGACCUCUCCGCCCAGCUGCAUGACCUCAGCACUAGGCCAAAUCCAAGUGUUUCUGGUGGUCCUCCAUUCAUACCUGGGGCCCCUGGAGGUCCCACAGUACCCCCUCCCAUGCAGGCUGGCAUGAUCCCAGCCCCUCUACCACUCACUCAGGGCAUGCCUCCACCACCACCCCCUCCACCCGGUGGACCCCCACCUCCUCCGGGCAUGGCUCCACCACCACCCCCUCCACCCGGUGGACCCCCACCUCCUCCGGGCAUGGCUUCCUUCGGUCUCCCUCCUCCCCCUGGAGCUCCAUUGGGACCUGGUCUGAAGAAGAAGAAUAUCCCCCAGCCUUCCAACCCACUCAAGUCAUUCAACUGGGCUAAGCUGGCUGAGAAUAAGCUGGAGGGCACUGUGUGGACGGACGUCGAUGACAUCAAUGUUUUCAAAAUCCUGGACCUUGAGGACAUCGAGAAGACCUUCUCUGCAUACCAGAGACAGCAGGACUUCUUAACAUUGAACAAUAAGAAAGAGUCUGAAGAUGACACGGUGACCUCCAAGAAGGUCAAGGAGCUGUCAGUCAUCGAUGGUCGCAGAGCCCAGAACUGUAACAUCCUUCUCUCUCGGCUGAAGCUGACCAAUGAGGAGAUCAAGAGGGCCAUCAUGACGAUGGACGAACACGAGGAUCUGCCCAAGGACAUGCUGGAGCAGCUGCUGAAGUUUGUCCCAGAGAAGAGUGACGUGGAUCUCCUGGAGGAGCACAAGCAUGAGCUGGACCGCAUGGCCAAGGCUGACCGCUUCCUCUACGAGAUGAGCAGAAUCAACCACUACCAGCCAAGGCUGCAGUCUCUCUACUUCAAAAAGAAAUUUGCUGAAAGAAUCGUCGAAGUCAAACCUAAAGUUGAAGCACUGAUCAGGGCAUCUAAAGAGGUGCUGCAGAGUCGCAACCUCAAGCAGCUUCUGGAGGUGGUCCUGGCCUUUGGUAACUACAUGAACAAGGGUCAGAGGGGGAACGCCUAUGGCUUCAAAGUGUCCUCACUCAACAAGAUUGCUGACACCAAGUCCAGCAUUGACAAGAACAUCACUCUGCUGCAUUACCUGAUCACCAUCCUGGAGCAUAAGUAUCCCAAAGUGGCCGUGUUCCAGGAAGAGCUUCAGAGUGUUCCAGAGGCAGCCAAAGUCAAUAUGACAGAGCUGGAGAAAGACAUCAACAACUUGCGUUCUGGACUGAAGAGUGUGGAAAUGGAGCUGGAGUUUCAGAGAGGUCUUCCUCAGGUUUCGGGGGAUAAGUUUGUGUCUGUGGUGAGCCAGUUCAUCACCGUGGCCAGCUUCAGCUUCUCAGACGUGGAGGAUUCUCUGACCGAGGCCAAGGAGCUGUUUCUGAAGGCAGUGCAGCAUUUUGGUGAGGAUGCAACUCGUAUGCAGCCUGACGAGUUCUUCGGAAUCUUCGACCAAUUCCUGCAGGCGUUCGCAGAGGCCAAGCAGGAGAAUGAGAACAUGCUCAGACGCAAGGAGGAAGAGGAGCGACGGGCCCGCAUGGAAGCACAGCUGAAGGAGCAGAGGGAGAAGGAGCGCAAGGCCAGGAAGGCUAAGGAGAACUGUGAAGAGGACGGUGAGUUCGACGACCUUGUUUCAGCACUGCGCUCUGGGGAGGUGUUCGAUAAGGACCUGUCCAAGAUGAAACGCAACCGCAAGCGCGUCAACUCAUCAGCUGAGACCAGCAGGGAGCGGCCAGUCACCAAACUGAACCUCUAAAACAACUGAUGACGGAUCCUUUGUCCUACUAGAGCUAGGCUAUGCUGCCCUCUGGUGGCUUGGAAUGGGCCUAGCGCCCCUUCAUUUUGGAGUGGACAGAACUCACCACUAAAACAGAACUGAAAUGAGCAUGAUAGGUGGUGGACAGACCUCUACUUACUCUUCUGCUACUCAAGCAACAAUAACCCAGAGCUUGUGUCUGUCUGGAAACAGACAUUACCUCCUAAUGAAAACCAUGAACUAUGGAUCAGGAGUGACUCUAAGCUAUUUGUGUUAACCAACAUUUUUUAAAUGCUGUGGUCUGAAUGACAGUUUUACUCAUGUCGUGAAUGGGGCACUUUAAUAGCAUAGGGCUGGUGCCCUAGAGUAGGACCCUCUUCUUGACCCUCCCUGUCUGCAAAGAUAACCAGGAAGUGGAAUGGAAAGCCUGGGAUAACACACACACACACACAGUGACCCUGGCGGAGACCCGUUUCCUGUUUUAAUCGGGAGAAUGUACUAGCCUUUGUGUAAAAUCUUUCCUGCUAUUGUGUUCAGUCAGAGUCCCUUAAGGGUAUAGUAAAAGAUGUCAACCUCAUGCAUAGAAACAGUGUCUGUUGAAGCACAAUCCAGUAUGUAUGAGUGAUAAUGUUUUUUAGCUGAGCACAAAAGCAUAACAACAAGAUACACAUUUUGAUACUGUUUUUUUAAUCACAAUUUUACAAAGACCUGAUUUAGAUAUAUUAAAAACCAAAUCACAGAUGCAAUAUUGCCAUUUUAUUAGAGCCCUAACGUUCACCUUUAGAAAAUAAUCUAUUGAAACAGCAACAAAAGAUGGGUCUAAAAAAUAAUGUAUAUUUUACUGUAUAUACAGUAUUGUAAAAGAGUAUAGGACCUAGUUUGAAGUUUUGAAAGGAUAUUGUCUCUGAUUUGAUUUAAAGUGUUACCAAAAAUGAUUGCUCUACUUCUGGCCAUCCUGACAAACAGUGUGGAUAUCAGUCUGGAAACUAUGCAUCCUAUACAUUUUUUAUUUGUGUUCAAUACUGUCAUAUAUGUGUAUAUAUUAUGUAUUGUGCCAAUUCCCGUGUCACCUUCUCACUAUGUUAUGUACAGCAGAAACUUUUCAGUUAUUUAGUCAGAUCCAAUUAGUAAAACCCUUCUAAAACCUUUGGUCACAUUUCUACCAACACCCUCCUCAACUGUGUGAUAGCAUUUCUGAUGGAGUUAUGUGGGUUCUUUCAAUACAGCUUUUUUAUUAUUUAAACAACUUUCUAUUUCGAAACGGACUAAAGUAAUAAACCUGGAUGUCAAUUA